AGUACACAAAGGCCAGUAACUACUAAGCAUGGGAACCAUAAGCCAAGGAUGCCCACCCCAAAUCCAAGACCUCAAGGUCACCCUCCACCACUCUUCCCUGGUUUUUCCAUGCCAAGAAACCCAAAGAAAAUCCUUGUUCUUGUCCAACAUAGACCAAGUUCUCAGCUUCAACGUCCAAACAGUCCAUUUCUUCCCGGCCCACCCCAAUUUUCCUCCGGAAACCGUCGCCGAGAAAAUCAAAAACACCCUCGAGAAAAUUCUGGUGCCUUAUGAUUUCCUGGCAGGAAGGUUGAAGACCAACGCCGAGCUUGGUCGCCUUGAGAUAGACUGCAAUGCUGCAGGAGCAGGGCUGGUUGUGGCCUCCACAGAGUUUACACUGGAUGAGAUUGGAGAUUUGGUAUAUCCUAAUCCGGGUUUUAAACAACUAAUUGUCACCACUUUGGAUAACUUGGCUCCUGGUGAUGAUCAGCCCCUCUGCAUUUUCCAGGUGACGUCGUUUAAGUGCGGUGGUUUCGCCAUGGGCAUUUUAACCAAUCACGUGGCCUUCGACGGCACCAGCUUCCGGCUCUUCUUAGACAACCUCGCUUCCCUCGCCGCCGGCAAACCCCUGGCUGCUCCCCCCUGCAACGACCGUCGACUUCUAGCCGCUCGAUCUCCGCCACGUGUCCCCUUCGACCACCCGGAACUCCUCCCGCUGAAGACCCCGCCCAUCGGCGAAGACCCGAAUCCCUCCGUUUUCGAAUCCUCCCACGAAGACCUCCACUUCAGAGUCAUCCGCCUGACCUCAGACCAAAUCUUCCGCUUAAAACAAAAGGCCCAGUCGGGUAAACACGGACCCGAAUCCGAACCCGGAUCCAAACCACGGGCCACGAGCUUCAGCGUUGUUGCGGCGCACGUGUGGCGGUGCAAGGCGUUGUCAUGCGGCGACGGGAACCGGGAUCGAGUGUCGACAAUGCUGUACGCGGUGGACAUAAGGUCGCGGCUGAGGCCGGCGCUGCCGGCGGCGUACACGGGGAACGCAGUGCUUAGCGGGUACGCGCGGGGCACGUGCGGGGAGCUGGAGGAGGGGCCGCUGUGGAGGGUGGUGGACAGAGUGUACGAGGGGAGCGAGAGGAUGACGGAGGAAUACGCGCGGUCGGCGAUAGACUGGGGGGAGGUGCACAAGGGGUUCCCGAAUGGGGAGUUUCUGGUGUCGUCGUGGUGGAGGCUAGGGUUUGCGGAGGUGGAGUACCCGUGGGGGCGGCCCCGGUAUAGCUGCCCCGUCGUGUGCCGCCGGAAAGACAUCGUCCUGUUCUUCCCCGACGUCCAUGGCAGCAACGGCGUUAAUGUUUUGGUGGCUCUUCCCCCAAAGGAGAUGGACAAAUUUCACAGCCUUUUCCACCAGUUACUGGCAGAGUCAGCUUAAUUAAGUCUCUCUCUCUCUCUCAAAUCUAUAGGUAGUUUAGUGUGUAUGUGUGUGCGUGCGUGUGUUGUAUUAAGUGUGUGCAUGUGUGUGCGUGCGUGCGUGCGUGCGUGUGCUGUAUUUUGUGAUCCUAGACCUGAUAGCACUUAUACCAAUUUUCUAAAGACAAGUAAAUUAUGUAUAUGCGGAAUAUAGAAAGGGGGAAAGGAAAUUAACAAAAAAAUAUUAGUGUAAUGGGUUGAUUUCUUGAAGAGUGCAGCAAUGACUCAUUGACGAGUGUCCUAUUCUCGUUGUAUACUUAGGGCUCAUAAGAUGAAAAGCAUAUGGGUUGAAUUCUUGAAGAGUGCAGUAGUGACUCAUCGACAAGUGUCAUAUUCUCGUUGACUAGUAGAUAAAGGCUGAAAAUUGUAGAGUCUCUGAGAUAUCGAUAACGGGAAAUCAGACUCGUCGACGAGUGGUCAAACUAGUCGACGAGUGGUCUUCUCUCUCUUGUCGACGAGUGUCCUAUUCUUGUUGAAGAGUGCUCCUGAGCUGCGAGGAAGAAUUCAAAUUUUGAAUUGGAACGUUGGGACGGUUGGAUAUUUGGAGGGAAACCUCCGAGGGGUUGUUAAAUAGGUCCUUCUGGGCAUACUUUGAUAUAGAGAGAUCAUUGUAUGAAGUGUAUUGUAAACUUUCAAUUUCAUAGUGAAAUAUUAAUCGGCUAGAUAGCUCCCGUGAAUGUAGGCAUUGUCGAACCAUGUAUAUUCUCAUGUUGUUUCUUUACUUAUUUUCAAAUUUAA